AUGUCAUUAGCGUCGUCUUAUCGUGGUAUUGAAGAACUGUACAGUUCAGAUGAUGAUGAAACAGAACUGCUUAAAAAUUUUGAUUAUUUACAUAAGCAACGUCUAUUUAGACAAAGAUCAAGUGAUGGCAGUGGUGAUAAUAACUUUUUUGAAAAUAAAGUAAAACAACAUAUAAAAACCAACAAGAUUGAUGAUAAGUCACGACAUCAUAAACAGUUAUUAAGCAGACCACAAAGCAAUGAGUAUGUGAAUAAUGAAAAUAAAGUUCCUAUGGAUACAACAAAUAAGCAUGCUGUCAGUGACAGUGAUAUUAAUAGUCAAAAAUUAUUUGUAGAAAAUUUGAAAGAUACACAAUCGAUAUCGACAUCCUCUAUUCAUCAUCUUUGUUAUAAAUUUGACAAGCAUAUAUUACAUUACAAUUCGACUGGUGGACUGCAAGACGAGAAAGCCAUUGAUAUCGACUUAGAGUGGUUUAAAUUAGUCAAAGGUGUUAAAUUAGUUCUAUCACAAGUAUUAUUAGAUAAAAACUAUUAUAAUAGAUUAGAAAAUGAGGAUAAAAAUCAAUCAAUUGAAACAGAUAAAAAAAUCACUUCAGAAUUUUGUACAUGCAAACGAGGUAGUACGAAUAGACGAAAUGCUAUUUGCAAGCAAGUUGAUAAAUUCGAUUUUAAUGGUCAAUUAAUAUAUUUUCAUUCUGUUGCUAGAAAUAUGAUAAUAGAUGAAAAUUUAAAAGCAGUAGGUAUAUGA